CAAAAAUGGCAGAGUCAGAGGAGGAGGAUGUCUUGGUCCAGAGAGUUGUCAAAGAUAUCAAUAACGCCUUCAAGAGAAAUCCCAAUAUUGAUGAGAUAGGUCUGAUCCUGUGUCCUGAGGCCAGGUACAACCGCAGCCCCAUCGUCUUGGUAGAGAACAAGUUGGGGGUGGAGAGCUGGUGUGUCAAGUUCCUGCUACCCUAUGUCCACAACAAACUACUGCUCUACAGGCAGCGCAAACAGUGGCUGGACAGGGAAGCUCUGGUGGACAUUACUUGCACUCUGCUGCUGCUCAACUCAGACUUUACCACCGCUUGGAAUGUGAGGAAGGAGCUGCUGCAAUGUGGCGCCCUAAAUCCAGAGAGAGACCUGUACCUGGGAAAACUGGCCCUCACCAAGUUCCCCAAGAGCCCCGAGACAUGGAUACACAGGCGCUGGGUACUACAGCAGGUGCUACGGGAGUGUUCUCCCCCCAGCUCGGACAGGAAGGAGCAGUGUGACAGUGGCCUGCGUGACGCAGCAGAGAGGACUCUGCUUAGUGAGCACCUCCACAGGGUUCUACACGACGAGAUGAAGGUAUGCGCCGCCGCCGCCAGCCGCUACCCUAGCAACUACAACGCCUGGUCGCACCGUAUCUGGGUCCUGCAGAACAUGGCCCAGGGCAACCUGAAGGUCCUCCAUGAUGAGCUGUCCUCCAUGCGUGAGUGGGUCUCCAUGCACGUGUCGGACCACAGUGGCUUUCACUACCGACAGUUCCUGCUCAAGGCCCUGGUCAGGGAGCUCAGCCAGUCCAUGCACCACCACCAUGCCCCUUGGCCCAGCCUCGGCAGCUCCAGCCCUCGCAGUCCCAGCCCGGACACCCAGCCAGGCCACCCCCACCACCAGGCUAACGGAGAGGCCACAGCAGCAGCCCCCUGCCCCUCUCCCGCCACCCCAGAGGACCAGUCCUCGGUGCCGGCCAUGCCCCAGCUCUUCCACCAGGAGAUGGAGCUGUGUACUGACCUCAUCCAGUCCUUCCCCGGACACGAGACACUCUGGUGUCACAGGCGACACGUCUUCUACCUUUGGCACCACUGGAGGCGGGACCACGAUCACCACGAUGGCCAGGGCUGUGGCAGUGAGUCUCCCCAGCUGAACCACACUGACGCUGGACUGAGCAGCUACCCUCACACAGCCUCCCCUAGAGGAGUGGGUAUAGACAGGGUGGACAGCAGGAACGGACAGGCUCAGGAGGGUCAGAAUGCCAUGGAGGUGGACGGGGUCGGGGUCCCAGACCCCCGCAACACUAAGCGUCUGAAGCGGGGUCCACCUGACCCCUGCCCCCCCGCCCUGCCCUCAGAGCACGGUUUCAUAGCCAGAGUCCUGGAAGGCUGCCGCUCCCCCGAGCAGGGAUGCUUCGCCCUUGCAUACAGGAAGUGGCUAGACUCUGUGAUUGGUCAGUGAGAGAUGGACAGACAAGGUCAUUGGUCAGUGAGAGGAGACGCUUCCUACUCCACGGGAGAUGGGUUACGGUUUAAAUUUGCCCCUCUGGCACAGAUCUAGGAUCAGCUUACUCUCACCCAACCCCUAACCUUAACCAUUAGGGCAAGAACUGUAAAAUACUGUCCCUAGAUCAGCGUCUAGUGGCUGGUAACAUUAUGCUCAUAUUGAAAGCUCUGGAAGGGGGCUAGGAGAUCUUAAAGUUAUUUGUGGCCCCUCCCGUCUUCCUGGAAAUGCCUGGACUCUGAUUCGUCUGCAGAGCUUUGUCUGAGCCAAUCCCCCUUUCAGAAUGGAAAUCUGAGUGUGGCUUUGCUCUGAGUCGUUCCACCUCAAAGCACAAAAAAGAGGACCACCAGAUUGUUCUGAAAUUGUUUCUGUAAUUAGUAAGAGGAGAUACGAUUAGCAUGCCUGUAAAAUUAUUUUGUUGAAAUAUAAUUAGAUCUCUGAAAUAUGAAGCUAAUUGAUGUCAUCCAAAUUGACCAUUUUAAUUUAUAAGAUUCAGAUUGUAGUCAAAUAUAGUACCCAACAUCCAAUUUGGACCAAACAUCUUCCUACCAAUGCGUCCCCAAAAAAUGUCAAAGGCCACCCACGGACCCCCUACACCCCAUGCCAAUCCCACCCCAGCAACCAGUAUACAUGAUCAGCUGUCUAUGUUUGACAAGUAGUCUGAAGCUGUGGCUUGGAGUAUUGCUUCUCCAUACUAAGUAAUGUAUUCCCUGUGCAUCUGGUGAUGUUUCUUUCCUCCCUGUUCAGAGAAAUGAGUAAUUAAAGUGGCUUGCAUUGGUUGUUAAGCAACAAAAGUGACACUUGCGCAACUAUGGGGAAAAACAGACCUGUUUGGCUUAGAUUGUUGACAACAUGUGAACUAUAUUUAGUCUCCAAAUGUUUGUUGAACACAUAAAUACAUUUUCACAAUGAGCACUUGUUGACUCUCAAAUACAUUGUUACAGUUGUUAGUUAACAAUUGUUUUGCCAUAUUAGCAUUGACAUGAAAUAAGUCAAAACACCUCAAAACAAGACAUGGUAUCAAGAACACACUCCCUACACUCGCAAUAACAUCUGCUAACCAUGUGUAUGUGACCAAUAAAAAUAUAUUUUAUUUGAAGAUACAACUAGCUGAAACGAGACACAUACGAUUCCCCACAUGGUAGCUUCUUGUCAUUGUUGGUCAUUAUUCUCACCGUUCAGAAUCAUUGCAAAGCACGGCUUCAGGCCACAACGAUGUGUGCGCAUAAUUUUUGUGACGUUAUCAGCCAACCGGUCUAUAGAUUUUUACCACUAAAUGCCACUGAUCCUGCUAUACCGCCACUCUUUUGUUCAUUUUGCUGGUCUCUUGUGUUUAUAUCACAAUAUUUCAUUUUACACCUUUGGGUAGAAAACCAAUAGAUUUGUCUCAUUAUUAAAAUAAAUUGUGUGGUCCUCACAAUUCAAGCCGGUCCUCCAUGAAAGCAAUUCAGCUUGUUCUUAUAGCAACUUAAUGCUGAAAACCAACUCUUCUUGAAUAGUCCAACAAGUGUCUGCUUUCUGAGAGGGCUAUCCCGAUGCAAUUCUCAUAUGAAGACUUUUCCUUACAAGCCAAAAACUUUGAUGGAGAAAUUGGCUAGAGACUAAAUGUUGUGACAGCCUUAAUAAAGUAAUUAAUUGCAUUUCAGUCUUAUGUGUUUCAAUAAAAUGAUCAGGAAACAGCUCUAUAAAAGCAUAACAGAGUGUAAUGGUAUAGCAGGAACAGUGGCAUCUAGUGGUCAAAACCUGGUACUUUCACACUACUUCAUGGUAAAUAAUGCAAACGACUUCAAUACUAUCAGGGGGGAAAAACAUCAGUUUCAUAGGGAAUACAUUACAUAGUAUGGAAAACUACUUAUCAAUCAUGGAGAACUGAUACUGAAUACUGGUUGGGGGUGCGUGGGUCGCUUUUACAUUUUUGGGGGGAUUCCUCGUGUCUUACUCAUUGGUAGGAAGAAGUUUGGUCCAAAUCGGAUGUUUGGGACUAUAUUUAUUGAAUAUUGUCUGAAUCAUAAAUUGCCGAUUUGGGUGCAAUUAAUUAGCCUAAUUUCUCCAAGAUAAAAUGUAAACAAAAUAAUGCUUCAGAAAUACCUAUCUUACCUGUUUCUUACUACAGAAACAUUUUGAGAACAAUCUGAGAUGGUGGGUGUCAUGGCUUGCUGAAGUAAUAUGGAACAACUUCUCAGGAAGAGUAUGGCUUGUAUGGUCUGUUAGUAGCUUAGUUUAGGUACCUCAGGUCUCUUUCAAUGUUAGGGACUAGAACAAUUCUGUCAACCAAUUCUAUCUGUCAUUUUAGUUUUUUCACUUAAGAGAUUCAAGGACUAUAGUGAGAUGAGCAGUGCAGCAAAUCAUUCAUUGUCAACAUACAAGAACAAAAAACUAGCAAAGCCAUUAUAUGCCGAUACCGAUAUGUCGUGCAUCCCUACGGACAACUAAACAACAUUUAGACUGAGCACAACCAUGAACCAAUGAAACUCAUGUUGUAGCUCUGAGAAAUGUAAGUAUUUCGCAAGGAGAGAGGAAAGCAAAUCCAGGUUUCUUCAUACCUGGAUGUGAAAUAUAUCUAUAUAUCAACUGCCAGGCGUACAAUGGUCUGAGUCACUUCAAUUGUAGAGAGGUGCUCGAUUGUAAAGAAAUGACUGCAAGCACAUUCAAAUAAUUAUAAUUUCCUCAGAAGGUUUUCUUGAAGUACCUAGCCCUCGAGUCUGUCAAUGAGAAUGAUUACAGUACUGUAUGUAAGCACAACUGGUAUAUAGGCUGUGUCACUGCUUUCCCUUUUUAUUCAAGAACAACUUGGUGCCAGCCUGGUCCAAGAUCUGUUUGUGCUUUUGCCUACGUCAUUGUCAAGGCAAACAUUUUGCAUGACAAUUCCAUAAGGAGUUGACAAGCGAGCAGAAACAGACUGGCACCAAGGCUAACUUGGUACCACAACCUCUAUUUCCAUUCUGAGGGGGAACUAUAAUCCCCCCAGAUCUGAUCAUCACAUUGUCUGCAUCCCAAAUGGCACACUAUAUAGGUAAUAGUGUGCCAUUUGCGACACACUCAUACUCUCCUGGAGUGGUUGUUGCUGCUGUAUUUUUUUCACAGUUCUGUUUGUUUAGUCCUCUUAGUGAGACCUGGGCUUGUAUUCACAAAGUUUCUCUGAGGAGCGUUGCCUGAUAAAGGAUUCGUUUUGGCCUUGUGAUCUUUGUGAUUACAUGGUCAGGGGGUACUUAAUCCUAGAUCAGCACUCCUACUCUGAGACUCUUUAUUAGAGAUGUAACUCACUAUUUACCGAUACGCAUUAGUCCCUAGUUCUAAUGUUCAAGAGAGAACUGCGUUGACAGUCAUUGAUCUACAAGUAAUUUUGCAUGCCGAAAAACCCCAGGCAAUGUCAGUAGCCUAGCAAAGAUUUUCCAUUAUAUUGACAAGAUAGUCGAGUGACCGCCCUCAGAGAUGGAAUGGAGGCGAGUUCAGGGGGGCCUAUUACCAAUUAGAGGGCAGAUAGGCGUGUUAACAACAGGCAUCACUCUGAUUAUAACAUUUUUUUCAAUGUUGUGAAAUGCCACUUGUGUCCACAUAUAUCAGUGCAUUUGUAACAACUUAAUCGUUUACGAAACUGAUAUUCAAUAAAAUAACCUUCAAGUA